AUGAGAACCGACGUUUGGAUCCCAGAAUUCUCGCUAUAUUACAGUCACAACUUCAACGAUGCGGUGAAGCUGCGCAGUGACAAUGAUAUUCGGGUGAACAACACGGGCCAUAUUCGAUAUUACAUUCCGUUUUCGACGGAAUCCCUCUGCAAACUUGAUGUCAAGUUCUUCCCCUUCGACAUCCAAAAGUGUACAUUGCUAUUUGGAUCCUGGGCCUAUUCCAACGACUCCAUAAAGUACGCGCUCUACACGAAUACGCUAUCGCUGAUUGACUUCUACGACAACCAGGAAUGGCAGCUCGAUGUUGACCACAGCACCAUCAAGUCGGAUGGAUUUUUGUACGACUACUUGGACCCGCCGCUCCAUUGGGAGAUGAUCAUCAUGGAGUUGGUCGUCAUCCGCCAGAGUUUCUACUAUGUGUUUAACCUUGUCAUUCCAUCGACGAUUAUCACAAUUGUCGCCGUCGUCGGUUUUCAUACACCAUCUACAUCCGGUAGAUUGAGGGAUGCUAAAUUCCGGCUGGGAAUCAUGACGCUCAUGUCCAUGUCCGUCAUUUUGUUGGCCAUCGUCGAAGAUAUGCCCAAAUUCCAGAUGGACACAACGAGGAAGGGGAAGGGCUCGUUUUCUGGCAUCCCACUGAUCGGAUUGUACUACUUUAUUUUGUUGGCUAUCAUCGGAUUGUCAACGGUUACAACGUCGAUGUUUGUAUUCCUGGAACGUGAAAUCAGAAAAACACAUGUGAUGCCGUGGUAUCUCCACUGGUUAACACUCGACAUCACCAUAAUGGAUCGAAGAAGGCGGCAAAGGCUACACAAACGCUAUCCAAACUGCGAAGCAGACCCGCAAAGUACAACUUCCUUGUUACCAAAUGGCCAUGUAACAACUGGGGUCCGAGACCGGGCGCGUGGUGUUGCGAAUAGUCUUCUAUCGAUUUUACAUCGAAAUCCGAAGCCACGCAAUAAUCCACAACAACAGCCGGUCCCACAACAUCAGCACGUUGAAUUGGAAGAAUCAACGCCCAGGCGCGAAAUCCGGAGGCGAUUAAGCAUCGGGCAAUACGACAAUAUGGUGGUCUAUCAAUACUUUGACCAAGUCCUCGAAGAUAUCAUCCAUUCUAUAUCAGGAAUCGAGAAAAAUGUCGCCAAUAUACGAACGGAAGUAGUCGCGUCGCUGCCGAAAGACGAUUCGAGUUCGCAAUGGCAACGGGCCAUUCGGAGACUCGAAAUAAUGUCUCUACUGUCGUAUCUUUCCGUUCUCUUCAUCACAAUGCUUCUUUUCUUUUAUCAUGACUGGUACUGCUCAAUUGGAUUCAACCCAUGCGGUGAGGCGAACCUGAAGUGCCCCGAUCUGAAGGUCGACCCAGCAGGGCCGGAAUGCCAGCAAAAUAGCUGGUCCACA